AUGGGCCUAAAAUCAAACGAGAUCCAUUCGUACCGCCAAAAUCGAGGGUGCCAUGAGUCUGAGUCGACAUCAGUGGCCAUCGCCAACGAAUCACAAAGUCACAAACGAUCUAAAAUGGAGCGAAAUGACAACGGACUGCGAUUGCAGAACUCCCCUUCAGCGGCCAAACGCAGAAGACUGGCAAUACCACUCCCCGAGUUUGUAGCUCAAGUGGCCCACCUACUCUGGUUUGAAAAGACCUCAACUUUGCAAGCCAUUGAGGCUAGGCUCCAGAGAGAUGAUAAGGAGACCCCACUUCAGAUCGAUGAGAAGGCGACCCUUGAUGGUCAGUUUCUGAAAUGGGUGAUCAGCGCUUUGUCAGCUACACGAUUUAUCCACAAGCUCAGGACAUCCCAUCCAGGGAUGGGUGGUAGGGCGGGAACUGAAGUCAUGAUUCUGACCGUUGCUUUGAUGCUCGGCAAUAAAUGUGAGUUUUACGGUAGCCAAGUGGACGGAUUACUGUCAGCCUGUCCGCAUGGGUCGGCCGUUGCUAUUAAUAAUGCUGACUCACCAUAG